AAUAAUUAAUAUGAAAAUUAUUAUGGAGAGUUCAUCCACUUCUAUACUACUACUCAUAACUACCUUUGGUAUCUCAAAGAAUUACACUUCACGUCAACCCAAUUUCCAAUGGACCUUCCGAUCCGCAAGUUCAGCCUUAACCUUCUCGCCUGGCUUCACCGAUCUCGUCGCCGGCGUCUAUCAUUUAUCAAGCGCUAUGCAUAUAAAGAUAUAAAGAGAGCAACAGAUGGUUUUCACAGAAUUGUUUAUAGCAAUAAUCACAGCGCUGCAUAUAAGGCAAAAUUUCGAGAUGGUGGGAUUGUAUUAGUAAAAGAAAUUACAGACAUAAAUCAAGAAAAGGAAGUGUUCUACAGAGAAGUCCAACUCUUGGGGUGUUUGCAUCACCGCCACCUCCUUACUCUCCGUGGUUUUUCUUUUGGUCAUAAGAAGAGAUUGUUGGUGUUUGACAACGUAGAAAAUGGGAGCUUGAAGGAGCAUCUUAAUGAUCCUCUUAGAACUCCCCUUAAUUGGAGGACUAGGCUACAAAUAGCUACGGGAGUAGUAGCUGCAUUGGAAUACUUGCUUCUCUUCAAUGAUCCACCAAUCUACCAUGUCUCCAUAAACUCAAGUAACAUCAUGCUAGACGAGAAUUUCAACGCAAAGCUCUCUGAUAUUGGCAUUGUUACUUCUACUGGAGAUAAUGAAACAGUGCCUCAUACCUCAUGCUCAAAAGAUAGUAUGGAUCAGGAAUGUAGUAACAUUAUAUACCAACUUGGUGUGCUGAUCUUGGAGCUGGUUACUGGUCAAUCCUCAGAUAAUGGUGAUGCUGAUUUGGUGCAAUGGAUCCAGGAGUCUCGAUUCCGAAACUCCAUCCAUAACAUGAUAGAUCCUGAUCUGGGCAAUACCUAUGAUAAUAGAGAGCUUAGAAGUCUUCUGGCUGUAGCUAAAUUAUGCAUUGUAUCUCGGGAAAAACCAACGUUUUCAGUUCUACAAAUAUUUCGGUAUUUUCAGAAGAAGGUAGAAAUUCCACAGUGAAUAAAUUUAACUCUCAAAGCAACACUUUUUGGAAAUUUUAUAGUGAUUUUUUUUUUAUUCAAUUCAUUGGUUGUUUCAUUCUAUAAUAUUUGUGUAGUAGACUGUAGACACAAUAGUGGGAUCUUCAUGGAAACCUGACAAUAUUCAAAGAGAAAAGCAGAAAUAAUAAUAAUAUAUGUAUAUUUUUUUACGUUA